AUGGAGACUAUCCUCAUAGCAUAUGAUCUAUGGGAUGCAGUGGAGAUUGGAAUACAACCACAACUGAUUAUUGAGCAGGAAGCAGGCUCUGAAGGCACUGGAGAUGAAGAGAGUGAGGCUGAGGAAAUUCCAGUGGAAGCACCUACUAUCUCCAGAGAAGAUAAGAUCAAAACUGCCAAGGCUUUGAGUCUUAUUCAAGGAGCACUAACAAAUGAACUCUUUCCACGCAUCAGAAAUGAGAAGACUGCAAAAGGUGCUUGGGAAAUUCUAAGAAGAGAGUUCAGAGGAGAUAAAAAGGUAAGAGGUGUGAAAUUACAAGCUAUUAGAGCUGAUUUUGAAUAUUUGAGAAUGAAUGAUGUUGAAUCUUUGGAUGACUACUUGGCUCGAUGUUUUGAAACUGUAAACAACUUGAAAUCUCUAGGAGAAGAUGUAAUAGAGAAAAGGCACAAAGGCAAACCUAGAUGUGGAAAAUGCAAUAGGUUUGGUCAUACUACAAAGGAUUGUGACAAUGGUAAACAAGUUGCAAACUGUGCAAAGGAUUGUGACGCCACCUCUCUCUCCAAUGCUCAUCCUUACACAGGUACAGAUAAAAUUAUUGUUGGGAAUGGCAAUCAGUUAGCAAUAACACAUAUUGGAAAUACAAAGUUAACUGGGUUGCAAAAAUCAUUAAACCUUAAUGAAGUCUUGUGUGUGCCUGCGAUCCGCAAAAACUUGAUUUCUAUUCGUCGUUUCUGCUGUGAUAAUGAUUGUUUCUUUGAGUUGGAUGCUAAUGGGUUUCAUGUGAAGGACAACAAGACGGGGACGGUACUCCUUACUGGCAGUAGUUCUGAUGGCCUCUAUCAUAUUCAAACAGCCCCUCAUAUUGCUUGUCAAAUUGCUUGUUAUGGAAAGCGUACAACACAGGACGUGUGGCAUGCCCGACUUGGACACCCAUCUCAUUCAGUUUUUACUACAUUGUUGAAUAAGUACCACUUACCACUUGAUGAUCUCAUGUCCAUACACUCCCCAACAAAAUGGAGUGGUGGAAAGGAAACAUCGGCAUAUUGUUGCAACGGGACUUUGUUUGUUGGCCCAAUCUCGCCUGCCCCACAGCUUUGGGUUGAAGCCUUCUCUACUACGGUUUUUCUGAUUAAUCGCCUCCCAACUCCUCAACUUGACCACAUGUCUCCUUAUGAGAAAUUGCUUCAACUCACACCAGAUUAUACAUUUCUCAAGAGUUUUGGUCGCAUUUAUAUCUCCCGGAAUGUGAUUUUUGAUGAGACAAUUUUUCCCCACCAACAACCUCAUAUUACACCUGCCGCCCAAUCCACACCUGCCUCUCAAUUUGAUAUUGGGCCCAGCCUGGACUCUUCACAAAUCAACACUUCUACAAGUCCAGCCCAACCUGCCCCCAUUGUUCUUGACUCUCCAUCAGUCAACCCGUCUGCCAGCCCACCCCCAUCUGAUCCCACACAAUCUGACCCAACAGAACCUUUCUCCCCUCCUCCAACAGACGCCAUUCUUUCAUCGUUCUUCCACUCCCCAAACCCCUUACAGUCACCUCUGUCUCCCUCGUCGCCUACGACCUCAGCAUCAAUCACGGACACCACAAACCCAUCACCCGAGUCAACACCCCCCUCUUCCCCUCCUGAUUCGUCCACUCCUCCUUCUUCCCCUCUUGACCCAUCUCUCUUCCCUAAUUCUCCAGAUACACCAAACCCUCCCCAAAAUUUUAAAAGCCUCAAGUCCAUCAUCACCUUUGGUCCUGCCACAAAACCCAUGUACUCUCCGACCAACUCACACUCCUUACACCAUGCUCUCUCUGCCGCCUGCUCUGAUCCCAUGUCCUUCGAACCAACAAGUUUUACCCAGGCUUCGAAAUACAGUCAUUGGCAAGCUGCCAUGAAGGAUGAAUACGAUGCCCUCUUGAGGAAUCAAACAUGGUCUUUGGUUCCAACAACCUCUCGAAUGAAUAUUGUGGGAUGCAAAUGGGUUUUCAAAGUUAAACGGAAAGCUGAUGGCUCUAUUGACCGCUACAAGGCUCGGCUUGUUGCAAAGGGAUUCAAUCAACAGGAAGGAUUUGAUUAUGAGGAAACAUUUAGCCCGGUAGUUAAACCGGCCACCAUUCGCACUAUCUUGUCUCUGGCUAUGUCUUAUAACUGGUCUCUUCAGCAGCUUGAUGUUCGGAAUGCCUUCUUGAAUGGGUACUUGCAAGAAACGGUGUAUAUGAAACAACCUCCUGGUUUUCAUGAUUCCUCGCGUCCUCAAGAUGUAUGUCGGCUCCAUAAGGCUCUUUAUGGCCUUAAGCAGGCUCCCCGAGCUUGGUUUCAACGCCUCAGUGCCUUUCUUCUUGCUCAGGGAUUUGUUCACAGUCACUCUGAUGCAUCACUCUUUAUUCAUCGCUCUUUUUCCUGCAUAGUCUAUGUUCUUGUAUAUGUGGAUGACAUCAUUGUCACCGGGUCUGACACUCAAAGUGGCCACCGAUUUCUUGAUCAAUUGUGCUCCACCUUUGACAGUCGCCGAAUGGUUGAUUUAUUUAAACGAUUUAACAUGACUGACUGCAAACCGUGUCCUACACCGUUGCCUUCUGACACUCGAUUGUCCUGUAUGGAUGGUGAUCCCUUAUCUGAUCCCUCUACCUAUCGGAAUAUGGUUGUCAAGCGCAUUUUUCGGUAUAUCAAAGGUACAAUUGAGCAAGGUCUUGUGUUUCACCGGUCCAAUGACUUUACUUUACGCAGUUUCUCUGAUGCUGAUUGGGCUGGUUAUGUUGAUGAUAGACGGUCUACCACUGGUGCUUGUAUUUUUUUCGGACCUAAUCUUCUCACCUGGACUGCCAAGAAACAGUCUACUGUUUCUCGUUCUAGCACUAUUGCUGAAUAUCGUGCUCUUGCCCAUACUGCCGCUGAAAUCUGCUGGUUUGGUUUCUUGUUUCGUGAACUUGGUAUUCGUCUUAGCUCUGCCCCUUGCGUAUAUGUUGAUAAUCUCUCCGCCAUCUAUAUGGCUGCCAAUCCUAUUUUCCAUGCUCGCACCCGUCAUAUUGAGAUCGACUAUCAUUUUGUUCGCGAACUCAUUGCUCGCAAAGCUCUUCAUACCUUCUAUGUUGACAUAUUCACCAAAGGCCUUAGUCGUGAGCGGUUUUCUCUUCUUAAAUCCAAGCUCAAUCUUCGCGUUGCUCCGUUAUGCUUGAGGGGGGCUAAAGAGAAUACUACACCAGCAGAUCCCAUCCAUUCUGUCAGUCCCAUGAAAUCAGCUGAUCCCAUUACAUCAGCCUUAGAAGCCUCCUAA